AUAGGUCCAAUCAUCCGCAUCAACAUGGGUGUCAAACCUUGGGUCAUCAUUGGUGAUCCGUACCUUGCACACGAAAUUCUAAAAGUCAACGAUGCCGUGACCUCUGGACGUCCAUACCAUCUCUACUUGUCCAAAUAUCAUACGAUGAAUCGAAAAGGGAUGGUGUAUACGAAUGCUGAUAAACAAUGGAAACGAUGUCGAGCAAUUGCGCAAACAGUACUUGGACGAAAAGGGGUAGCCCAGCUGAGCCAGACGAUGGAAUCCGAAGCUUCUCGAGUGACCAGUCUAUUGCUAGAAUGCGGAAAAGUUGUUGAUGUGUCCAAGUACAUGCAACUCUAUACCCAGAACGUAAUGCUACAAGCUCUUUUUGGUAUAUCCUCAACAGCUAUCGAUGAUUCUUUAUUCACGUCCGUAGUCGAGACCGUUGAUAUUGCUAUCAAAUGGAGUGCACCGGUCGAAGGCAUUCGUAGCUUUUUGCCCGGUUUGGCAAAAUCACUUGGUCUCUAUAAGAACACGGCUAUGUCAGACUUUAUUGAAAAGAAACGCAAUCCGCUCUAUCGACGAUUAAUCCAACAGAGCCUUGAGAGUGAUACUCCUUGUCUUGUCAAGGAACUGUACAGGGUGAAAAAACAAAACGAGUUUGAUGACGAUGAUAUCCUUGUGCUCAUAGUAAACAUGGUCAAUGCCGGAACGGAUACUACUGCCAUGACACUUUCUUGGGCAAUGAUUUUACUAUGCCACCACAAGGAUGUUCAAAAGCGGCUUCAUGGCGAGGUCGACUCGUUUAUCUUCAAACACAAUCGAUUGCCAGUGUAUGAUGAACGAGAGAAUUUUCCAUUCUUGAUUUCGGUGCAGAAAGAAUGCAUGCGAUUCCGGGCACCUAAUCAUUUUGCUCUGCCGCGCGAAACUACGGAUGACCUGGAAUGUCAAGGCUUCUUUAUCCCUAAAGGAACGGUGCUCUUGAGCAACACGUACACAUUGAACCGUAGUCCUGAUUUUUAUGACAGACCCGAAAAGUUUAUUCCAGAGCGAUACCUUGACGACCAAAGACCACUUGUUGUUUCGGCAAAUGCAAAUCUUGAGAAGCGUGAUCAAUAUACGUUUGGUUGGGGCAGACGGUUGUGUCCAGGAGCUCAUAUGGUCGAUGUGGAACUUUUUAACUUCUGGGUUCGCAUACUAGCAACUACUACUAUUGAGCCACCUUUGAAUGAAAAUGGAGAUCCUGUGUAUCCAGACUUGAAUAGCUAUCGUGAUAUAGGAGUUGCUAUUGCCCCCCUCGAUUCACGCAUCCGAUUUGUUGAGAGACAUGACCGACUUAUUUAG